GGUAACAGCGCCAGUCUCUGCGACUCUGUACUCAAGAGGUAAGAUUUGUAGCUCCAGCGGGUUUUGGGGAAGGAGUUUGAGCGCAGGCCGGAAGUUCAGGCGGUUGCUGAUUUGUCGGCAAACACAGCGAGAAAACGACAGGGGCGAGAGAAAAGGGAAAAAGCAGAAACAACCAGAGGGUAUUGAAACACACACAAGCAAAGAGAAAAAAUAUCUCAUUUUCCGCCACCCGGACUCCCCCUUCUGCCAUGGCUUCCAGCUCCAACAUUGAUAUAGAGGAUGCAACCCAACACCUUCGGGACAUCUUGAAGCUGGACCGGCCCGGGAACAGCGUGACCCACGACUAUGAUCUGAACUUAUUUGAGAAACAUUUUCCAGAUCGCUCAAAUGAAACUCCAAAGAAGUCGACGUCUUUCAAUGGGGAACUGAAUGGCUUGAUGGGAGCAGACCUCAUAACAGGGGGAGACCCAGGGGCCUUGUCGGAGAUGUCUCUCCAUAGCCCAGAUGACAUCAACAUGCAGGAGAGACAAACCAUCUGUCUCUCUGGAGAGGACAGCUCCACCUGCAUCGUUAUAUCUGCCAGAGAUGUGGAAAUAGUGGCAAGCCAUGACUCCAGCAUCAACAGCAAGGCCAGAGGCAGUAACAAGGUAAAAAUCCAGCCUGUGGCAAAGUAUGAUUGGGAGCACAAGUACUACUAUGGGAACCUGAUAGCUGUAUCCAACUCCUACCUUGCAUAUGCUAUCAGAGGUGCAAACAGCAUUGCUAUGAUCCGUGUGCUGAACGUAGGCACCGCAGAGCGCACUCUUCUGAAGGGGUUCACUGGCGGAGUGACAGAUCUGGCCUUCGCUCAUCUCAACUCUAAUCAGCUGGCCUGCGUGGACGAGGCUGGAAGCCUGUUUGUGUGGCAGCUAACAGAGGAAAAUGGGAAAAUACAAGAUGAGAUUAUUGUUCACGUCAAGAGGCCGGAGAGCACCCCAUUGAACAGUAACAGGAGGAUCAUUUGGUGCCCUUUCAUACCAGAGGAGAACGAGGAAAAUGCAGAAGAUGGAUGUCAGACUCUGGCCUUGCUACACGAGGACAGGGCUGAAGUUUGGGAUUUGGAAAUCAUUAGAAGCAACAACAGCUCAUGGCCCAUAGAAGCAACUGAUUUCAAAGAAGGCUUUAUCACUGUCAAAGGACACAACGCACGUAUCAGUGAAGGUGCCUUGUCACCUGACGGGACAGUCCUUGCCUCAGCCAGUCAUGAUGGAUGCGUCAAAUUCUGGCAGAUCUACAUUGAAGGACAGGAUCAACCGAGAUGCCUUCAUGACUGGAAACCCCACAAUGGUAAACCACUGUCUUGCCUGCUGUUUUGCGACAAUCACAAGAAGCAAGACCCUGAAGUUCCAUUCUGGAGAUUCCUGAUCACUGGUGCAGAUCAGAACCAGGAGCUGAAGAUGUGGUGCACUGUGUCCUGGACUUGCUUGCAAACUAUCCGAUUUUCACCGGAUCCUUUUAACUCCGGUGUUCUUCCAAGUCUGAAAGCCAGUUUGGACCUUUCUGCUGAAUACCUGAUUCUGACUGAUGUACAGAGGAAAGUGCUGUAUGUAAUGGAGCUGCUGCAGGACCAGGAGAAGGGCAGAGCCAGUUUCACUGCCAUCUCCGAGUUCCUGCUCACCCACCCUGUGCUGAGUUUCGGCAUCCAGGACGUGAGCCGCAGCCGCCAGAGACACACGGAGGUCCUGCCGGCCGAGGAGGAGAGCGAGAGCAUGACUGUGGAAGGAAGUCAAGUUCCUUUGGAAUCCAAAGCAGGGGUCCAGAUAAAAUUAUACUGUGUGCACACGAAGUCACUCCAAGACGUGCAGAUCUGGUUUCAGCCUUACCUGAGUUCUGGGAAUUCCACAUUUCUGCCUCCCUCUGGCUCACACAAGGACUUCAGUUUUGCAGACCACUUGACAGACAUGAGCAUGGAAGGGUUGGGCUCAGACAAGGAGUCGGGCCGCGGCUCUCCGCAUGACCUCCGCAGGAUAUCCGACCUGCCCGCUCCAGCUGACUUCCUGUCCGCUACCAGCGACUUCAAACCCAAACUCAUGACUCCAGAUGCGUUCAUGACUCCCAGCGGUUCAGCACAGCAGAUCUCGGCCUCUCCAGGCAGCAGUGCUAGCACCCUGACCGCAGUAACUGGAAUGAGCAGCAGUUGUGUCAGCGACAGUGGAAUGUCCAGGACUGGUGAAGAAAUGACAAAGCUUUCCCUGGAUAGCAGCAUGACUCUCAGCAACAGCACUGGCAUGCAGGGCAGCCCUCGGAACAACUCUAUACUAAUCCCUGGACUUUCUGACCAGCUGCCUUCCAAAACUGUCCAGGUGAUUCCUCCAGCUAACCCUCCCCUCUCCCUGGACCUCCAAUCCAUCGAGCCCCUCCUGAUACCCCAGGCCUCUCCGACCCGCGAGCGCUCUCCCGACGUCAUUUCCUCUGCCUCCACGGCCAUGUCCCAGGAUAUCCCUGAGAUCGCCUCAGAGACCCUGCAGCGUGGGCUGGCUGCUUCAGGGGGCCUGCCUGCCGAGGUCCUGGAGCCCACCCUCCAGUCGGACAGCAUGGCCUCUGCUGCCUCGGCCCUACAUCUCCUGUCCCCCAGGAACCGGCACAACUCUGAGCACAGCCACCACUCCCUGGACAUGGGCUCUGGGGAGGCGGAGCGGCUGUCCAGCACCCCCUCCCUCCUGGAGACGGCUCUCUCGCAGGAGAGCGCAGCGGCCGCGGCUGCAGCAGACAACAGCGGGAGCCAGCCCUGGCCUGCUGCCCCUGAUAUUACCAGGGAGACCAGGAACAGCCUGAUUGACAGCUCGCGUGGCGAUGUGAAAGAGAAGCACAAGGCUUCCCCAUCCCACAGACACGCCUACCACCUCCCCCAGCACGACAGUCAGGAUGCCAGCGCAGAGCAGAGUGAUCACGAUGAUGAAGUUGCAAGCCUUGCAUCCUCCUCAGGAAACUAUGGUUCCAAAUCCACCCACAGACUACCUGUGGAAUGGAAAUCCUCUCCACGGGGUUCCCCAAAAUUAAAGAGAAAGAGCAAAAAGGAGGAGGGGGAUGUUGCUCAGGCAAGGUCAUCUGAUCAUCAGUUGAACACUGAGCUGCAGGAGGAGCUGCUGUCCCUGGUGCGCUGUCAGCAGAGGGAGAUCUCGGAGCUGAGGCAGAGCCAGCUGGAGCUGAUGCAGAGGCUCACCAACCACAUGGAUGCCGUCCAGAGCUCCAUCAUGGGCCAUGUGGAGCGAGUGAUGAUCACCCAGCAGGAGCAGGAGCAAAGGAGAAUGGAGCUGAUCCUGGCCGAUGGGCACGACCGCAACAGACAGUUCCAGGAGCAGUUGUCUCAGCAGCUGUCGCAGUCUGUCUCCAACACCCUGUCCAGCAAGCUGGAUAAGACCAUCCGGGAUGAGAUGAAGAAGACCAUACCUCAGUCUAUAUCCAAGAGCCUGGAGCCAGUCACAGGUCAACUGAGCAACACAAUUGCAGCUAAACUCGCCGCAGUGGAGGGAACACUGAAAGAGAACAUUUGUAUUGGUUUACCACCUUCAAACACUACAGAUGCAAUUGGGAGAGCGGCAGCAGAUGCUUUACAGGGACCCAUCCAGGCGGCAUACAAGGAGGCUUUCCAGAGCAUAGUGUUGCCAGUCUUUGAGAAGGGCUGCCAGUCCAUGUUCCAGCAGAUCAAUGACAGCUUUAAGAGUGGAACACAGGAAUAUAUCCAGCAGCUUGAAGGCCAUCUGAAAAACAAGAAGUUACGGGAGCAUGAUGUUCGGGACCCUAUGAUGGGGCUACUACAACAGAUGAUCGACACUUUCCAGAACACCACGGACCAGCUGCCUUCCAAUAUCACAGCCAGUGUGCGCUCCGAAGUGCAGCACCAGCUACACAUCACGGUUGGAAACCUGCAGGACUCUAUCUUGACCCAGGUUCAGCGCAUUGUGAAGGGUGAGGUGAGCAUGGCCAUGAAGGAGCAGCAAGCUGCAGUCACCACCAGUAUCAUGCAGGCAAUGCGCUCAGCUGCUGGGACGCCCAUCCCGUCCUCGCAUCUCGAUUACCAGACCCAACAGGCUAACAUCCUCCAGCUGCUGCAGCAAGGGCAGCUCAACCAGGCUUUCCAGCAGGCACUGUCUGCUGCUGACCUGAACCUGGUUCUCUAUGUGUGUGAGACGGUGAACUCCCAGCAGGUUUUUGGACAGAACUCCUGUCCACUUAUCCAGCCUGUGCUGCUGUCGCUCAUUCAGCAACUCUCUACUAAUCUGGCUACCAGGACUGAACUCAAAAUCAGUUACCUGGAGGAUGCAGUGAUGAACCUGGACCACGGUGACCCGGUCACUCGAGACCACAUGAGCUCCGUCCUCAGCCAGGUCCGACAGAAGCUGUUCCAGUUCCUGCAGGCAGACCCCCACAACGUGCUGAGCAAGCGGGCACGGCGGCUCAUGAUGAUGCUGCAGGGGCUCGUCAACCAUGGCAUGAGCUAAACCAAGGGAACAGCACCCCUCUCCGUCUGCAACAGCACUGCUAGACACAAACGCUGGAGACAGGGCUUGCAGUGCAGUAACCCAUAGCUGUAGCAAACUGAAUGGAGGAAAUGUAAUCCCAUUUUAUAUUAAGAGGCCAUCUUCUUGACGACAAGACAUGGUGUUCUGUGUUGUGUUUUUGACAUUUCAUCCUAAUGUCACCGUUUCUAACCUACCCCGAAGAGUCAAAGACUGUACUGGGUUCAACGUGAACAGGAGUAGCACAUAUUUUGUUUCUAAGUAACCUGAAUUUCUAUUUCCAGCCAUGUGCCAUUAUAAUGUGACUUUUUUUUUUUUUUUUUUUUUAAUCAUUCAAAGUAAACACAGAAUAAAAGACUUUUCACAUUUUUGAUUCUCAAGUGCAGUACUGUAAAAAAUGUCUUGCAUUGCAGAGAGAGGAGAGGUGAUUUUUUUUAUUUGACUAACCUUAAAAAAACUAUUAAAUCGCAAGCUUUCAAGACCUCGGCUCUCCUCUUCGGGCGAAAGUAGAGAAAGAUUGCACCUAUCAUUUCAAAUAGAAGCGUUGCCUUGGUGCAGUGUAUGGGAAAAUGUUUUGGCUUAAUCACUAUUGUUCCAGUUUCUUCCUCUGAUAUGCAGUGGUGCGAUACAGCACAGUGGCGUAUGCUGCAAAGCUUUUUUGUUUAAGAGGGUGAUUUAUACCCAGUCUGCAUGUUAAGUGUCAGUGUUGUUAUUGAAGGGUUGCUGGUAGUUUUGAUAGUGGAGCUCCUGGCUGGUUUCAUUUUCCUUGUUUCCUUUGGCCAGAGAGGAGGCUUAAAGCAUCAACUGUUUCAGCUGUAAUGCUUUGGGCAGGCACCAGGUGGCAGUUCUGUGUGGCUAUUGAAUGAAUAAUCAGUAGGCUUGCAGGGUCAGAGUUUCCUCAAAACUUCCAUUAGGUAGAUGACACUGGUGUGUCCAAUCCUUCAAAUUUUAUAUGAAGUACCUAAUGUUUAAUCUUGUUUGUUUUGGAGCACUUGGGUGGAAUCUGGCAGUCCAAAUCCUGUACAUUAGGAGCCUGUAUGUGUGGAAUUGUGGCCUUGCUGUUAAUCGCAGGAAAACUAGGAUGUAAAUUGCAUUUGUCAUAGUGACUGCAUGCAAAAUCUCCUAAGCUUGCCAGUGCAGACAUGCAGAUUUGUGAUGCAACAUGGUUGUAUGUAAAUUCCUGGGGCAGAGGUCCACUGUGGGGAGCUUUUGUCUGCAUUUUCUAACCGUAGCCCUGCUUUGUGACCAUAUUGUAAAAUUUGUAAAAACUUUAAAUUCUUCUUUCAUUUUAUAAUCAGUCAGUACUGUUGGUCCAGUCUGGCAUUUUUUAAUGCUGUAGAAAGUCUUCUGGAGUAUUAAUGUCUGUUACAACAGAUGGUCUUUCACUCAGGUGCCUGAAUCAUGUGGCGAUUUCCACCUUUUUUCCUUUCGUAUCGUGUACUGCAGUAAUUGAGAGCGCUGGCAAUUCUCCUCUUACCCCAGCCAGCAGCAUUAUUUUUGGUUGCAAGAUUCCUGAUUGCAGCAGAGACCAACCUGGAAUCCAGAUGCUUUUUGUUCUGUUCCAGUUUUUAAAAUCAAACGCUAAUUUUGUCCAGACCUUAUUUUCCUUUUAUUCAUAUAUAGAAAUAUAGGACUUCAGACAUCCUUGAUUGACUGGCUUAAUAUGUUAUUGGUUUUUAUAGAGUUGUUUUGUGCCUACGGAAGAAAAAAAAAGUACAUGUGCUAUGAAAAGUAUAACUCUUUGUUUUAUUAUUCUAUCAGUCACUGUUAACCUCCUCAAGACACUGGAAAAAACUGACCUGUUUUGUCAUUAAAUUUGACUUUCUUUUUGUUGUAUUAUUGUUCUAAAGCCUUAAUGGAGAUGUACAUGUUUUAACCCGAGCACAGUGACAGGUCCUCGUUGUUGUGGGUUUUUUUUUUUUUUAUUUAUCUAAAAGUGCCUUUGUAAAUCGUAAAGUUCUUGGGUAUUAAAGAAAUCAAAGGGAGAUAUUUUGAGGGGAGGGAACACAGCUUGAAUGAUAAGUGUAAGGGUUAAACUAGGUCCCUUUUUAAAGUUUUAUUAAAUAGUUUUUAUUUGAAUCAAUAACUUCAGAUUCUAUUUGGGUUUUAUUCCCAAUAGAUUUGUUUUAACGUUGCUUUUUUUUUUUCAUUCCCAUAUGCUUUGUCAGGUCCCCUAAACUGAUCCACAGUAGCCAUGGCAGAGUGGUGGGCUACUCUAGCAGUGGAAUGAUUAGUUCUGUGGAAGGUUUGCUUCAGGUCCGCGGUCGGUCAUAUUGUCUGUUACCUGUUAUUGAUGUGGAAGGGUCUUCUGUUCAUGGUGGGUUUAUUACGAGGCUGCAGCACUGGUGCGUGUUCCAGGAUUAAAGUCUGUAGUUUCUUCUUCUAAGAUUUACUGCUUGUUGGCACACAGGUAUUUGGUAGCAUUGCAUGCAGUUUUUUUUUUUUUCUUUUGGCCCGUACCACCAGAAGGGCCCAUCUCGAUAUCCAAGUCUGUUGAACUCUAAUGAUGUGCUCGUCUUCUGGGUAAAGUCCAGCCUGCCCACAGAGGCACAUACCCAGGCUGGGGGAAUCUGUAUCUGCAGCACAGAAACAACAUGCUAAUUGCAAUGCUGUUUGACUUGUCUCUUUUUGAAGUGCAUACAACAGAUAAAGUACAAUCUGAAUACACGGGGGGGACUAAUUGCUGCUUACCCAAACUGAGGAUGGUAUUUCUUUUACCGGGGGGGGGGGG